AUUAGGUGACGGUCAAUUAUGUAUAAAUCUUCAAAGACAAUACAACUUUUUGAUCAUGAAAGAAUAACAUAUUACAUUGUUUAAUCUAUUAGUCACAUGAUCAUAACGGGUCCGGGUAUUGAGACGGGUACCCGGGUCCAAAUCAUUACCCACCCGUCGCCCGGGUAUCCGGGUUAUCCGUCCCAGCCCAAACUGCUGCAGGUGGAGAUCUAACCAAACCACCCAAUGACAAGUCGGGACAGAGAAACCGGGAUCUUCUACUUAUUUCGAAAUGCAUGAAGACUGCAUAUGUCAGAAGCUACAAUCACGUCUCUCUUUGAUGCAUGCAAAACUCGAGAUAAUCUCUCAGUCAAAUCCACUGCACGUGGUAUGAGGUUUACAGUUAAACGUUUACAGUGAAACCAGUUGUUAAUCUCACCCGACCUACAUAAGUUAGGGUACCCUGAAUGCGAAACAGGAACUUCAAAUGUCUACCUCUUAUCUAUAUGCGAGUUGCAGCCCGCAUUGGGGGGACUUAGAAAUGACAGAGCUGGGGUGUAGCUGGCAGAAGCUCAAGGGGCGCCUGCUGGAGUGGAAACACCUAUGUUCGAGCUGGAGUCUUCUUCAUCAUGCUCCUGUGGUCCAUCUCCAUUCUAUGUCUAGUGUGCGACACGUGGUUUGGACAAGCAUUUGAAGACCAUGUGCCAUGUAACCUCACACAGAAAGAGAAGGACGGCGUCAUGUGCGACUGCCGCUCCUGUGACAGUAAAUGGAGGGACGACCAAAUAGAAACAGACGCGUGUUGUAAUUGCAGGUCCAAUCUCAUCUUGGAAUUACGUCCGCUUCUGCUGGAGUAUAUGUCGCUAGGUGUCGCUGUCGUUGUAGGUAACAAGGUGAAGAACUCUUUUCUGCAACAUAAUAAUGGCGGAUUGGUGUUCAUACCAAGCAAUGUUUGUGCAUAUCCUAAUAUGCGAAGAUUAGAUCUUUCAGGAAACAUGAUCGUAGAUAUCCAAGGCAUUUCCUGCUUGGGCAAACUUGACGAGCUGAAAUUGGAAAGGAAUCUCAUUUCAAGUUUAAACCGGCACACAUUUGAGGGUUUGACCAGCCUAAGGAUUCUCGACCUGUCCCAAAAUAAUAUUCAUACCAUGGAGGUCGGAACUAUAGGAACUCACCUUCCCAGAUUGAAGAGUAUAGAUCUGUCGGACAACGAACUGGAAACUUUUGACAUUUCCAAUUUGAAUAUUUACUCUUUUUGUGAAAUGAAUGUGAACAAUAACAACCUGAGGGAAUUUGUCAACAACGUUAAAUUAAAAACGGAGGUUUUUGAGCAUCGGGGACCAGGGAUGGUGGACUUGCAAUACAACAACUUCACAAAGUUCCCUGACUGGGAACAGCUCGGCCUUGGCAACAUCUCUAGUCUGGGUCUCCUGUCAGACUGGGGGUUCGACAUCAGGGACAAUCACUGGAACUGUGACUGUUUGUUGUACUCUUUUGUGAGGUUAGCUCAGAAACACUACAAGGCGAUCGACGGCCGAGAUUACUUCGGCGUCAGAUGCGAAAAUCCCCCUGAAUAUCGAGGGGAUAUUAUUAUUAACAUGGAACCCGAUAAAUUGGUCUGUAACCUUACUGAGUUCUGUCCCAGUGUCUGUACGUGUACAGGCCAGCCAUCUGUUUUGAAUAUUUUCGUAGACUGUGUCAACGCUGGUCUCACCGAACUUCCGUUUGAUCUUCCCGACAUCAGUGGCCUCUCGCUGGUUCUUGACCUCUCAGGUAACUCAAUAUCUGUUCUGGACAACAGACCCUACCUGCCCCGUGUGAAGAGUCUUGACCCCAAUAAUGUCAUAACCACAAUAACUGCACAGGCUGUCCAACAGUUGAUAAAUGCAACAAACAUUAAUUUGGAAAGAAACAAAAUAAGGACUUUACCCAAGGAAAUUCAACUCUUCCCUCAGUCGGUGAUCAAAAUACAGCUUGAUGACGUCAUCUGCAAGUGCGACCUCGGUUGGAUGAUUGACUGGAAGAAUAUCAAGAAAAUCAACGGAACCAAUUCUACAUGCGUUUUAGAGGACACAGAAACGUAUAUUUCUCUUCGAGCGUAUUUGGACAUUUGCGCACCAGAUGACCCAGCUCCUGUCAUCAUUGGUGCAGUACUUGGAACACUGGCUGUCAUUGUAAUCGUUUCCACAAUUUUAUCACAUGUGUUUCGCUUUGAAAUUCUGGUUUUGGUUCAUUACUACGUCAGUCCAAAAUGGCGGAAAUGGCGUCCGAGAAUACAGCCCGCGAAAGAAAACGAUAUCUAUAUCUCGGUGAGUGAUGAUGUGAUUGUGUGGGUCAAAGAUAAUCUGCUACCCAGCCUCGAAAACGAUGGGGUCACUGUGUUUGUGCCAGAGCGAGAUACUGAUCCCGGCGAUGUGGAACUUGACGCUAUAUUGAAAGGCAUUUCAAACAGCAAAAAUGCAUUCGUAGUUAUCUCCCCUGAUUAUUUGAAAUCUCAAUCCAAGAUGGAGGAAUUUAACCUCCUGUGUCAGUCUUUAGUGAAAGGCUUUUCUGGAGUUUUGUGCCUGUUGAUAACAGAAAAUGUUGGCAAGACCAAGAAUCCUUAUUUAAGUGCCUUCAUACGAGUGAAAUUAUACCACAGUGGUAUCGAUGAAGCUACUGUGUCCAAAUCUUUGCACAAAAUUAGACCUACUGGUAAUAGGAGGCCCUAG